AUGAGCACUAAAGAAUGCUUCAAAUGUGGACGCUCUGGCCACUGGGCUCGGGUUUGCCCCAGAGGAGGCGGUCGAGGACGCGGAACCAGAGGCCGUGGCAGAGGGUUUCAGACUUGUUCCACCGCCCUUUCCAACAUCUGUUACCGCUGCGGUGAGUCUGGUCAUCAUGUUAAGAACUGCGACCUCCUCGAGGACAUCUGCUACAACUGUGGGAGAAGUGGCCACAUCGCCAAAGACUGCAUGGAGCCCAGGCGGGAGAGAGAGCAGUGCUGUUACACUUGCGGCAGACCAGGUCAUCUGGCGCGUGACUGUGCUCGUCUGGAAGAGCAAAAGUGCUACUCCUGUGGAGAAUAUGGCCACAUUCAGAAAGACUGCACCCACGUCAAGUGCUAUAGGUGUGGCGAGACCGGUCACGUGGCUGUCAACUGCAACAAGACGAGCGAGGUCAACUGCUACCGCUGUGGGGAGGCCGGCCAUCUAGCCCGAGAAUGCCCCAUUGAGGCUACUGCUUAA